UCAACAUGUCUAUCACCCUUGAGCUCCCCACCGCCCUCCACAUCCUCAACGGUUUCCUCGCUGAGAACAAGUUCAUUACCUCCGUCGAGGCUGAUAACGAGGUUGCCAAGGCUCUCGGUGCCGCCCCUGCUGCCGAGUUCACCAACGUUGCCGCAUGGUACACCCAGGUGAAGAAGGAUGAUGCUCCCGCUGCCGCUGCCGCUGCUGAGGAGGAUGAUGAUGAGAUCGACUUGUUCGGUUCCGACGAUGAGGAGGUCGAUGAGGAGGCUGAGAAGGUCAAGGCCCAGCGUCUUGCCGAGUACCAGGCCAAGAAGGCUAACAAGCCCAAGACCAUUGCCAAGACCACCGUCACCCUCGAUGUCAAGCCCUGGGAUGAUGAGACCGAUAUGGAGGUCCUCACCAAAUCCGUCAAGGAGAUUGCCAUGGAUGGUCUCUUGUGGGGUGGUUCCCAGUUGGUUGCCAUUGGUUUCGGUAUCAAGAAGCUCCAGAUCAACUGUGUUGUUGAGGAUGACAAGGUCUCCAUGGAUGAUCUCUCUGACAAGAUCACCGAGUUGGAAGACUACGUCCAGUCUGUUGAUGUUGCUGCCAUGCAGAAGAUCUAAGCAGAUUUUUUUAGACCUAAAAACAAUAAUAAAAUAAAAACGCCAUAGUGCUAAUUUGUCUCAAAUAUCAU